CAAUUGUAACGUGUUGUAUGUGUUAUGUGUUUCUUAAGUUUUAAUUUAUGAAUUUUCAAACAGUAUGUAAAAUGAGCUCACUUUUUAAAACUCGAAAGUUAUUAUUUUUAAUUUAUUAGAAUUAUCCAAAUAUUUUGGUGCUUUGAAAUGUCUGAAGGUGUAUAUGGUGAUCAAGAAACUAAUCUUGUUAAUAAAGUACUAGUUGCAAAAUUUCAGAAACCAUUGAACUGUCAUGUAUGUAAUGGAUAUUAUGGAUCUUGUUUUGAAGAACAAAUAUGUCAAACAUGUCAUUUAUUUCUUUUUUCGGAUGAUUUAUCUCAAGCUUUACAUGAAGACGUUUCUAAUACAAUGGGUAUAGAGGAUGGUGAUAGUGGAAAUGAUGAACCAGCAGAUACAUUUUAUAAUGGACAUCAACGUCCUAUACAAGAUAUUUCUCUUGAUGUAUCAGGUAAUUUGGCAGCAGCACCAUCUCAAGAUUUAGCAAGGCGACUUCAGCUACUAUCUGAAAUGUCAGCUAUACGUCCUUUUGAUGGAGAUAGUGAUUACUUUCAAGAACUUCCACCUGAAGUAUUAUUGACUGUUUUUUCAUACUUGGAUGACUUUAGUCUAUGGUGUGUUAGUAAAGUUUGUACACGAUGGGAUCAACUUCUCCGUUCUCAUAUUCCACAAACUACUUGGUGUAGGUUAGUGGAUAAAUGUUGGCCAUUAUUUAAACCCCUCAAAAAUGUAGAUGAUUGGCAUUUUAUAUGUUCAUCUUUAAUUAAUAGUUCAUCAUGUUUAUCCUGUGUACGACGCAUGUUUGUUCGACCUUAUGCUGAGUGUCAAGAAAAUUCUUGGAGAAGGAGACGUUUACGUCAUGAAGUCAAAAGUUUAAAAGGUGAUCCUCCAGAAGGUAUAAGAGCUGUACCUUUAGACAGUCAUUGGUGUCAUUGGCAAGCCACAAUUUUAGGACCUGUUGGUAGUCCUUUCGAAGGCGGAAUUUUUUAUCUUUAUAUACAGAUUCCUUAUGGAUAUCCCAUGAGUCCUCCAGUUGUAAGAUUUUUAACCAAAAUAUUUCAUCCUAAUAUAUCUCGUCAUGGAGAUAUUGGUUUAGAUUCAAUUCAUCAUAAUUGGAGUCUAGCUUUAACCUUAGCUAAAGUAUUGAUAUCUAUUCAGUCAUUGCUAACAGAUCCAUUUUGUGAUGUAUGUAUGGAACCAGAUAUUGCUCAUCUCUAUAAUAAUGAUAGACAAACAUAUGAUGCAAUUGCUAGGUACUGGACUCAUCAAUUUGCUAUGAAUGAUAUUCUUUCAUGGCCUAGUUAAGUUUUUGUAAAUGGGUAAACAUACAAAAACUUUUUAAAUUAAAUUUAUGUAAUUAUGUAAAAAUUAGAAUGUUAUGUACAUCAAAAUAAAUUUGAUCUUUUUUUUCUAAAAUGUAAAUAAAUACAAAAAAAAAAAAAUUUAAAUAAUAAAAAUGCGUUUUUAAUUAUAUUAAUACAUAUAAGAUAUUCAAAAAGUAAA